GAAACGAACGGCAACGCGAUAUAAUUUAUUAAAAUCAUGAAAUACAUUUACGGUUUUCUUUUCUUGGUGCUCUUAGGCGCUGCAAGUGUGAAUUGCAAUCCUGUUGCGGCUUUGGCACAAGCCAACUUGCAAAAAUCGCUCUCUGAUUACUUAGUGCAACCAAGUGUAUUUGCCAAUACUGAUCCCGCUCUCUCAGCAGCAUGUUUCAACAAAUACUUACCAAUCUUGUCGGAAAUUGCUAACACCUAUUCCGUACAGUACCAGGCUUGCGUUACAACAGCUGAACAACGUACAUUAAAUCUGACAAAUCAGGCCGCAGCUAGCAAGACAACAUUCUCUCAAGAGACUCAAGCUAUUUGUACCGCCUUCCAGGUUUGCGAUAACGACACAGAUAUACUUGAUUCAUUCAAUUGCUAUGCAUCUGCGUCCAAGGCUGAUGUAUCACAAAUGUAUGAUAUCUCAAGCAAUGCUGCUAUUGCUGCCAAUACCUUGAACCAAGGUUUGGAAGAGAUUCAAAAUGAAGAAAGUCAAUGCACGAACGCUACUCAACGUACAUAUGUUUCCGACACUGCAUCGACAUAUGAUCUCCUAGAUUAUUGCUUACAAUAUGGCCUUACAACCGACGAUACAACAGUUGGCACAACGGUUGAAACAACUGAUGACACCACUGAGGAACCAAGCACAACUGUCGCCGCCUCAAGCAUUGUUGCAGUCUCUAGCACUGCGCCAACUGUAGCUGCAGCCGUCAAUGACUUUGUUGUUAAAACCGAUUGCUCAGACUCAACAGGUACACAUACCCAAACCUCUUCUGAUGGCAAACAAAGUCAAACUCAGACUGGAUCUGGUUGCCAGAGUCAAACUAGCGGAAGUGGCUCACAAAGUCAGAGUCAAUCUGGUUCCGGCACUCAAAGUCAAUCACAGUGCAGUGGCGCAGAUUGUCAUGAAUUUAAACCAUUCAAACCACUCUUCCACAUGCCAGCAUUUGCACCGUUUAAUUAAAUUGAAAGCAACAUAAAUAUAUUUUGAAUUCCCUUCACAUUUUCGGACUUGUAAAUUAUAUGAAAUUAUCCGCCGUCAAAAUUUAAAUAGAUUAAAUUUUUAAAAUAAAAUCAGAACCAAUACGA